UUGCCUUAAUAUGUAUCAUUAUCUCUCUCUUUCUGCAGUAAAAUUCUCUCUCUCUACAACAGUCUCCGAUCGCCGGUUAAAGCGCAUCAGGUAAAGCCGUGAAUUGCGGGGUGUGUGAAGUGUUUUUGUGUGCAGUGUAACGACUAAUCUACAAGGACCGGACUCUCAUUUCCCACGAUUUUUGUCCUGCUUUGCAAGCAACGAUUGCAAGUUAACAGCAAGCAGUACCUUUUCUUCAGUUGACGCCCUCAGAAAACAAACUUAACUCGGCAAAAUGAACAUGAGCUUGGAGGAUAUAAUUAAUCGGAACAAGGGCGGCAGGUCUCGCGGUGGCAGACGCGGCAGUGGCCCACCACGAUCCAUCGGCAGCGGUCCCAGGCGAGGUCCAUCCUCGAUUCGCGGUAGCAGCAUGCGCAAGCCUGGCGGCGGUGUGAUACGCGGUCGUGGCCGGGGUGGUAUAACCCGGCGAAGCACCUCAAGCUUCGGUGGUCGUAGCAGCUCAAGCUUUGGUGGUCGCAGCAGCUCAAGCUUCGGUGGUCGCAGCAGCUCAAGCUUCGGUGGUCGCAGCACCUCCAGCUUCGGUGGUCGCAGCAGGCCCUCCGCCAGUGUGAAGCGCGAGGCCUUUUUGGGCAGUAGUAGCUCGUCGAGCUCCCUCUCGCGCAAGUACGGCGCGGACGCGACCAAGCUCAUUGUCUCGAAUCUAGACUUUGGCGUCACGGAUUCGGACAUCCUCGAGCUUUUCAGCGAAUUUGGGCCCCUCAAGUCUGCGGGAGUGCAUUACGACAGAUCGGGCCGAUCGCUCGGGUCUGCCGAUCUCAUCUUCGAGAGGAGAGCUGACGCCAUCAAGGCAAUGAAACAGUACAACGGCGUGCCACUGGACGGUCGUGAGAUGAACAUACAGCUGGCAACAUCAGAGAUCCCGGGAAUCAGCCCACGGGGUUCUCGUAUUGGUGGUAGCAGUUUCAGGUCACGCGGCAGUUCAAUGAGCCGCAGUCGUCGCGGUGGUCCGCCAAUUCGCAGAGGAGCUCCACGAGGUCGCGGUGGCAAGCCAGGAGCCGGACGAGGCCGGGAACCCAGGAAGCAGCCCACUGCCGAGGAAUUGGACGCUGAAUUGGAAGAGUACGUCAAGAGCAAGGUGCCGAACUCGGAAGGAGCUUAAUUUUAUGUCUGAAAAGUUUUGACUAGCACUCGGGACUUGUCAGCGCCGUCAUAUUAGCGUUAUUAUGAUUAUGAAUAGUAAUAAUUUCUUUUUUCUUGUAACUUCUUGUCACAUAUUUUUUGCGUUUUGUAAAUAUUAGGAGAAACGACGGCGCUGAUCUCCUGAUAAUUCUAUGCGAUAGCUAAGGGCGAUUGUGAAGACGAGAGCCAAUUUUUUUUAGAAUUAAAUAAGUAUACAUGUAUAGCGAAAAAGUGCGAUGGGGAGAGAUUGAUAGCGGCAACUAAAGAUGAGUAAAAAAUUUUUCUUUUAUAAUUUUAUCAAUAGCUCGUAUUUAAAUACGCGUUGAGAAAAAAAGCAAUCGUCUUGUAAUGUAGAUUUGUUUGGUAGUUGUGCUAUUAUUUUAUCAACAUUUACUUGUGUUUAUUUUAAACAAGAAAACAAAAAAAGAACGUCUUGUAGUGAGAUCAUCUUGACAUAGUUCAUUUUCUAACAAAGUUGAUGAUUGAUGAGCUCUCCGCGAUCUGAUGGUUAAAAUAAGAACUUUUUUAAAAGGAUUAGUCUUACAAGCCACCAAAUAUCUAUAGUAUCUUUAAAUUGGUUAUGACUAUCAGUUUAAUCAAAUCAUAUGCAUCAUGUUGCGAACCACUUGAAGCGUAAAAUGGUUGAUCUUGAAAAAACAAUUUUCGUAAUUUUUUAAUAUAAACUUACUAUAACUUUUCAAAUAAAUUGUAUUGUUAUUGCAUAUAACGAUCUGGUAUGCACCAUUCCUUCUAUGUAAUUUAAUAAUUAACAUUCUAAAAUAAAAGUAUAAAGACAA